CCAUGUUUGAUGGCAAAGUCCCUCACUGGCACCACUACAGCUGCUUCUGGAAGCGGGCUCGAAUUGUGUCCCAUACGGACAUCGAUGGCUUCCCUGAGCUCCGGUGGGAAGAUCAGGAGAAAAUCAAAAAAGCUAUUGAAACUGGAGGCCCUGGAGGAGGAAAAGGAGGAGAACAGGAAGGAGGUGGCAAGGCUGAGAAGAGCCUAAAUGACUUUGCUGCAGAAUAUGCCAAGUCGAACAGAAGUACUUGCAAAGGCUGUGAACAGAAAAUAGAAAAGGGCCAGAUCCGGAUUUCCAAGAAGAUGGUGCAUCCUGAGAAGCCGCAGCUGGGAAUGAUUGAUAACUGGUACCACCCAGACUGCUUUGUGAGCCGCCGAGCGGAGCUGGGUUUCCUCCCGGUGUAUGGGGCCGCCCAGCUCCUGGGCUUUGGCAUCUUAAAAGCUGAAGAUAAAGAAACUCUGAAGAAGCAGCUCCCGGCUACCAAGAGCGAAGGAAAGAGAAAAGGAGAAGAGGUGGAUGGAAAUGUGACUGUGAAAAAGAAGCAGAAAAAAGAAAAAGAGAAAGAAUCAAAGCAGGAAAAACAGCUGAAGGAGCAAACAGAGCUGAUCUGGGGCAUCAAGGAUGAGCUGAGGAAAGUCUGCUCCACUAAUGACCUGAAAGAGCUGCUGAUCGCCAACAAGCAGGAAGUUCCGUCAGGGGAGAAUGCCAUUUUGGACCGAGUAGCAGAUGGGAUGGCGUUUGGAGCUCUGCUUCCCUGUGAGGAGUGUAAGGGGCAGUUUGUGUUCAAGAGUGACGCAUAUUAUUGUUCAGGGGACAUUACUGCCUGGACUAAGUGUGUUGCUAAAACACAGACUCCCAAUAGGAAGGACUGGGUAAUCCCAAAGGAGUUUCGGGAAAUUCCUUACCUGAAGAAAUUUAAGUGUAAGAAGCAGGACAGGGCAUUCCCUCCAGAUGCUGCAACUGUGAACUCUGUGCCUCCUCCUUCUGCAUCUGCUCCUCUGACAGAGACCGUGUCCACACCCAGAGACAAACCACUGACCAACAUGAAGAUCCUGGUUCUUGGAAAGCUGUCAAAGAACAAGGAGGAGGUGAAGAGCAUUGUGGAGGAGCUGGGAGGAAAAAUGACAACAACAGCUAACAAGGCCACCCUGUGCAUCAGCACACAGAAAGAUGUGGAGAAAAUGAGCAAGAAGAUGGAAGAAGUGAAAGAGGCCAAAGUCCGUGUGGUCUCAGAGAGGUUUCUUCAGGACGUGAAAUCCUCCAGCAAGGACUUUCAGGAGCUUGUGUCUCUCCAUGCGCUUUCGCCUUGGGGUGCGGAGGUGAAAAUGGAGCAUGAGGAAAUGGCUGUGGAUGGGAAGUGCAGCAAGCCUCCAAGUAUGAAGAGUGCUGGGAAAGUCAAAGAAGAACAAGGACCUAGCAAGUCUGAAAAGAAAAUGAAGCUAACAGUUAAGGGUGGAGCAGCAGUAGAUCCUGAUUCUGGUUUGGAGGAUUCUGCUCAUGUCUUUGAAAAAGGUGGGAAGAUUUUCAGUGCAACCCUGGGCCUAGUAGAUAUUGUGAAAGGAACAAAUUCUUACUAUAAACUGCAGCUGCUAGAGGAUGACAGAGAGAACAGGUGA